AUGGCUCUUUUUUUAGUAUACACAACGGGCAAAAACAAGGGGUCGACGGCCGGCAACAUGGUAGUUGCCGGCUUCGAGCAGCAUCGUCAAACGAUGUACUACUCCGGAUCAUUCCCGAGUUUCUACUUUGUAAGCAACCGUAAAGGCGCCAGUGAUCAUAUCCUUGUUGAUUCCGGAUCCGGGUUUGAAGGCCUACGAGGCACGACCUUUAUUGUAAGGUUCGAUCGUGUCAAACGUUCUUCAACCUCGAGUAUACUCUGUAAGAGCGAGGCAUUGGAACAGGGCCUGUCGAUCUUGGAAACCGAGUAG